GUUGGCUCUUCACUACGGCAAGAUUCCACGCCAACUAUUUUCUUUCAAAACACCACCAUCAAACACCUUGAGCCAACAAUCAACAAGGCGUUGCUCUGGGUUCUCAAUUCCGCCAUGACAGGGCCCCAGAAUAAGACAAAGUAGGACGCCACAGGGUCAGCUUCCGCCUCUACCCCUCGCCUAGUGAAGAUGUGUCCCAUCGCCUCCGAACCGCCAGAAGGCGCAGAGAACAACCUGGACCAGGAGGUUUUUGGUCCUCUACUCUCUAUCCCAGUGGACUCCCUUACUCGGCUCGCAUCAAAUAUCAGGAGUAGAGUCUUCAACGCCCAAAUUCAGCAAGCAGCCUCGUUGCUCGGAUCGGCGGAUCAUAUAAUCUCGUUCACAUCAUUCAGCUGGAUGACUUCAAACUUGUCAUUCGUGUGCCUGCGACGGGGUGGGGCGACAGAAUGACCAAGACCGCAGCUCGCGCGCUCGAAUCGCAGGCGACCGUCAUGCGUCUCAUCGCGAGAAAGACCAGUGUCCCAGUUCCAGCAGUCUAUGCAUUUGACACCAGCAGCAACAACGAAAUCAGCGCUCCGUACAUCUGUACCAGCUUCAUUCCCGGGGAGACUGUCUCCAAGGUCUGGUUUGACGAGACUGGUCCGAUCCCUCUCGAGGACCGACGCCUCAGGAUUUUAGAGUCAACGUCUCGGGCCAUAGCUCAACUGUCUCAUUUCAGCUUCGAGAAGAUCGGCUCCCCGUACGAAGAGGUCGACGGGUCCCUCACUUUGGACCCAUGUUAUGAUUGGCACGAGAACGAUGAUGGCAACGUCUGCAUUGUUGGGACCGGCCCAUAUGACUCAACAAUUGGCUACCUCCAAGAACACAGGGCGCCCGAAAAUGCAAAAAGCCCGUGGGGCAUUGCAGCUGCCAAGAUCAUCGAUGUUGUGGCUCCAAGCCUUCCCGUUCGGGGUACGGUCGACGACUUUGUUCUUUCCAUUCCCGAUUUCGACUCUCAGAACAUCAUGGUAGACCAGAUGGGAAAUCUUACAGGAAUCAUCGAUUGGGACCUCGCACAGACAGUACCACGCUGUGUGGGAUACUGCCGCUAUCCUAGUUGGAUCACCCGCGACUGGGAUCCGCUGAUGUAUGGCUGGCCAAAGAUGAGGAAGUCCGAGAACUCCCCCGACGAGCUGGAUGCAUAUCGUCAAUAUUACAACGAGAAGCUCGGCGAGGCUCUACAGUGGGCAGGAGAUUGGGGGUUCACGAAGAAGUCGCAUGUUAGGGAGGCAGUGUGGAUUGCUACCUUGAGUGGCCCUAACAGGCUUCGGAUAUGCUGCAAACUGGUUCAGGCUGUCAUGGGAGAAGGAAUCGUUGCACAAGACGUGCUCUUCGACCUGGGUACGAAUCGUGUAAUGGAGGAAGACUGGGAUGAUCUUAAACAGAAGCUGGCAUACUUGGUUUCGCACUGAACAUCGCGGCCAGUCCUGUUCUUUGAGGCCGAAGUGCAGCGAGCGUUGGCGCAAGUCGCUUGAAUGGCUGGAAACUUAGAGCUGUGCGACCGUAUAAUCGGAACGAGCAAAGAUGGGCAAAUUGCUCAUCAAGAUAAAAAGGGGUAAUCCGUACGGGGUCAAGUUAAAAGCUGAAGGGAAGAGCGGCGACCAUAUUGGGAUCAUAUUACAAGAGAAACAUGAUGCAAUGAAUCAAAAAGAGCAAUCACCAUAGGUUUUCAAAAAUAAAACACGCCAGUUGAAAUCAUCAAUCAUAAACCAAUUGUUAUGUUUUGCUCUAGGAACAGUUGUAGUUGUAUGCUGCAUGGAUAACAUCUGUGGAUAGGUAACUAUCAAGGAACGUCAAAAGGAUAGG